ACCCUCAUUUUUUUAACAAAAAAAAAAAUCAAUGUUUUUUGUGCAUAUAUGCAUAUUUCUUAUACUAUAAUAUUCUUAAGUAAAUUAUAGAAAAUCUUAUUUUGAUUAAUCAAUCUAUAAACAUAAUAGUACAAGUAUUUUAUUCAAUACAAAAUAAAACAUAAAAAAUAAAAAAAGCUACUAAGAUUCAUAAUGAUGGGUUUUGUAUACUACAACAUCCUAUGGUGCACAUACAACCCUAAAUACCCUGGAUCUAUGUUUUCACAAAUUAUACAUGCAAAUGGUUUCCAAUGCAUUAAACCUAUGACUAGCAUGCAUUUGACAUAAACCAUAUAAGAUACUAGUUACGGUAACAUAUCUUUUAUAUAGCUUGAAGUCUUGAUGUAUUUGGCCUUAAGAGCUUAGCCCUAAUAGUGUGGAAGCCUCAAAUGAAGUCACAACACAUCAUGGACAAGGGAUGAAACUUGAGAGAGAAUUCAUACAUACCAAAACCGUCCAUAUCGUCCAAGAAUACUUUAGUGGUGAUUUUGGCUAUGAAGUAACAUAUUUAUAUGUGGAAUUCCAAAGGUCAUGGGUUAACCCAAAUCCAUACCCAUGGGUUUAUGAUCCAUGGUUCAUGUGGCCCAACUCUUUAUGUGUCCAUACAUAAACUUGGUCCAACAUGGAUCAUAAGCCCAACACAUAUAAAUAUAAAUAAUUACCAUAAUUAGUUCCUAUAGAUUUAAUUAGUCUCUUUUGAUCACUAAAUUAAUUCCAAAUUAAUUAUUGAUCAAUACUAAUUAAAACAUAUGAUUUCAUAUUAAUAUAUUAGAACUUAUAAUAUAUUAAUAAAUCAUAUAUAACCUUCUUUCAAAAGCCCAUCCUAACAAAUUGUCCUGAUGAUAUGCAACCCAAAUGGACCAUGCUACUCUCGGGUCGAGUACAUACCAAUAAUAGUUAUGGGCUUAGACAUCUAAUAUUCUAAUCCAACAGUAUCCCACUUGGAUAAGUCUAACUAUUAUUGCAAGUAUGACUCCAAAACCCGACUAGCAAUCGUAGCUCUUAAAAGCCACCGUCGAACUCUGACCUAGUCAAUGACUUGUUCAUUAGAUAAGGGAUCAUAUAUUCCUCCAUUCUAGAUAUCAUAUGGACUGAGACAUGGAUUAUAAUCAUUCUCUCUGUCCAUCUGUUGCUUCUCGAUUUCCGAUUUAUGACGACUGACUAAUUGAACAAAUCAAAUUAGACUAGGUCCGGCCGAGCACUUACGUUUGUCAUCCUUAAAUCAUCGAGGGGCCCACAGAUAUCGCUUUUAUCUCUCUAAAGGUAAGAAGAAUGGAUAAACUUCGACUUAUAUGCUUGUACUAAUUACUUGUUGAAUCAUACACAAAGGCACGUUUUAUAACAUCAAGUUACUGAUGCGUUUUCGUACAAUCAAUGUACAACCAACUCAUAAUCAACAACUCAUAUCUCUAGGUUUGAAGAAUAUAAGAUAUUAUCGUCUCAUGAUCACUCAUGAUAAAAUCCAUGAAGUGAGUCAAAUGAGCGUGGGUUUAAUCCAAUACUCGAAUAUCAUUCCAAGAACACUCAUGAAUGUUGCAACAACUUUUGCUAUGUCUAAACACUUUAGACACCUACAAGCCCAAUUCAUGAUAGUCUUGAUUCAUACCUACUUCCAACGUAUGAUUGACUAUGGAGAGUUGGAAUAACCUAGUUAUUCGGGAAGUCAAAACAUGCAAAGUGAAACACAAGAAUAAUUUAAUCCAAUAUGGUCUCAGAACUUAUGAAUAUAAAUAAAACACCUUUUAUUUAUCACCAUAUUGAUUAUACAUUAUUCAUUGUAUAAUGUUUCGAAUAAUCAACUUAACACUUGAACUUGUUACGCACUAUGUUUGUCCAAACAAUAGUUAUGCCAUACUCCAAGUAUGUACACUAUGUUUGUCUAUGAUCCUUACUUUGUGAAAUAGACUAAUUAAACAUAAUUCAAAUGAUGCUCAUUUCACAAUCCCAAAUCCUUACCGCAAAUACAAGAAUACAAGAUUCUUUGCCAUUUACUGAAAUGAAGUAUAAUUUCCUCUCCCUUAAUUAUAGCAAACAACUUUUAAACCCCCGCAACUUCACGAAUUGAAACCCUUUUGUUUUCUAUAGCUUGCAAUACUAAACAUAAUAAUCAUGUUCCCACUAACAUGAUAAUUAUUAGCAUAACACUUAUGCUCCCACUAGCUUUGACAUGUAUCGAGAAAUUAGUUGGACUUCUAGAAAUCAGUACUUAAUUGACUUUCUUACCAAAGUUCAGAGUUCUGAUACGAGAUGCUUUGAUAAGACUUUAUCAAAACCAUACACCUUUCCUUAGAUAGCUCACAUGUGUGUCUAAAUAAUUUUUAGAACUAUGAAAAAGGAUGCCAUAAUCAUAGUCUCAAUUUUUUAGAUCUUUGCCAUUUCUCACAAGUCCAUGUUAGUGUGCCGGUUAACCACACAUGCUCCACUAAUGACUUUGAGAAUGUAAAUAUCACAAUUGCUAUCUACUUAAAAUCUAUUUAGCAAAAGUAUUUCCUCACCAUCAUUUCCAUUAAUCGGAGAGAAACCUUAUGACACUUUGAUUUUAUGGUGUAUGUGUUCCUAUCCAUGUGAAUUUGUCAUAACCACAAGAGGAGGUUAGUGACAAAUCCAAACUCAUAUGGACUGAACUUGUUUAAUAUUAACAUCUUGCCACCUGGCAGUACAAGGGCCUACCAUUGCUUCCACAUUGUUAUGCAAACAACUGAGAACUUAUAGAACUCAGAUGCAUAGUCAACUCUAACUGGAAUGGGCACAAAAAUAAUAAUAUGUCAACACGAUAGGUUACAAACCUCAAGUCACGUGCUAGUGAUAAACAACAGUUUUAUUCUUGAUUAGUUCUUGAAACUUUUCAAGACCUUUAAGACUCUCACUGACCUCUUGACAUAUGUCGCCCCCAAAACCGGAACGGCGGAAACGUUCUGGAGCGGAUCACAUCAUUUACAGUAUCACAACAAUGCACAAUAGUAAACAAGCAACAACAUCAUCCACUACAUUAAUAGUAAAAUUUAAUACAAGUGUGUUCUGUGUAUAGUUUAUAAGACACAAAAAAAUGAAUAAUCAAAAUAGAGAUGAGUCUUGAAAGCUCCGUCUUCUCAAAACUUGGUCAUCGGUACCUGUCUUGUACCACCCGGUUACUGGUACGUAUUUUCGUUCGAGUAAUUAUAACAUUUUGUGUGACAUCCCCAAUUUCACGGCCAGAAAAGACCGAUUUGUUUAUGCUUUGUUUUUAAAAUCAGAGUAAUCGUUUAAAGAAAACAGUUGCGAAAUUUGUUCCCAAAAUAAAAUAUGAUAACCAUUUAUCAAAGCAUUUCUCGAAAAGAAUGUAUUUUCAUUAAAUAAUAAAGACUCAGGAUGUCAUGUUCGUUACAGAUCAAAAGCAUAAACAAUAUAAAAUAGACCUUACAAUAGUUAUUCAACUACUGAUCUAUAAUCCAAAAUCACUCGUCAAGUCCUCCAACUUAUACCCUUGUGCCAUUACCUGUAAUGAAAAGAAAACUGAGUGGGUCAGGCUUGGGAGCCUGGUGAGCAUAUAGGGUUUUCAACCCACAAUAAUAUAAUUAUUAUAUGUAAUCAACAAACAAUCAACCCAAUUACCCAUCCCCAUUAUCUUCUUAAGGUUUUACCCUAAGAACCAACUAUCCUUCAUUCAUUUAUUCAUAAGGAAUUUGGCACGAAUUCCAUUGCUGCCAAAACUUAUUUAUCAAGUACUAAAUCCAUAGUUAUCUGGCGCUAACUCCAUAGUCACCAAAGUUCACUUAACAAGCGCUAACUUCAUAGUCGCCAAGGUCUACUCAACAAGCGCUAACUCCAUAGUCGCCAAGGUUUACUCUAUUGGAUUAGUGUCUAAGUCCAUAACUAUUUUGGUAUGUACUUGACCCGAUGGUGCAUGGUCCUUUUGGGUUGCCUUCACCGAAGCAACUUGAUAGGAUGAAUUAUGGAGAGAAAGGAUUAAAUAUGAUUUAUUAAUAUAUUAUGAGAAUAAUAUAUUAAAGGAGAAAUCAUAUUGUUUAAUUAAUAUUAGUCAAUAAUUAAUUGGUAAUUAGUUUUGUGACUAAAAGAGAUUAAUUAAACUUAAGGGACCGGAAUUGUAAUCAUAAGAUAACUGCAAUUUGGGCCAUGGAUUGCCUUUUAUUAUAAGGUGGACGAAUUCUAUGGGGAAGCCCAUAUGAAAUCGUCCAAGGCCUUAUGGAAAAAGGCUCCAUGGGUUGCUUAGGGCUUAAGCAUCCAAAUUAGGGUUUCCUUGUUAGAUAACCCUAAUUGCCUCACUAUAUAUAGAUCUCUUAAGGACCAAAAACGUGGCUAAGCUUCUUGCUAUGGUUUCACACGUUUUUGGGCAGCCUCCAUCCACUCUCCUCUUCAUCCUAUUGCUUAUGGUGUUUGUGAACCAUUAGAGGAGUGACACUUGUGACUCUAAGCUUUUGAAGCCAAUUCAAGCAAGGAUUUGAUUGUUAUUGCUAUAUAACAAUCAAAGCUAUUUGUUGUCGAUAAAGCACAAAAGAAAAGACUGAAUCGGGAACCGGGCUUAGAAGCUAAAGAAAUCAAAAUUGCUGAAAAAGUGAGUACGCCCCGCGUAAGGUAAUGGUACGCGCCGCGUACACCUUUGCACCGGAUAGACUUGAUCGCGUGAUUAUCUUGAGUACGCGCUGCGUAAUCCUAAGUACGCCCAGCGUACUUAGGUCGGCCACAAAGAUUAUAAAUAUCGAUUUUUAGCUAACCAGGAGGGAGGAUUCGACUUCUAACCUAAUUUAGUCGACAAUUAACUUCUGUUAAGCCGUUUUGAGGGUCUAGAAGGCGGCCGGAAGGCCGUUAAGCUAACGGAAGCGGAGAUCGGAAGGAUUGGAGAGCGGAUACAUGUUGAUUAUCAUAUGGUUUGCUGACGUGACCAUGUUUAGCAUUCUAUGGUGGUACUUUUCUGUAUUUAGUUUCUGAUUUAGGUGUAAAAACCUUUUACUUUGUGUUUAUGAUUGAAUGAAGCUUUGAUUAUUAGACUAAUUGCUAUAAUAAAUAGUUUAUUUGUGUUUAAUUUAUCUUGCCAAGCUUGUUUAAAGAUCCUCAUGUGUUAAUGAUGAUUAUUUUCUGUUAAUUGUUAAGUGAAUUGAGUUGCUUGAACAUCUGCUCGAUUGCUUGUCUCUUAUGAUUUUUGAUGACCAUCGAGAUUAUAAGACUAGAAAUAACGAAUGUGAAACUAGGAUUAAUUUGAGAAUAAGUAAGUUAAUGUGUGAGCCUUGUUUGAUGACCAUCAACAAGAGGUUAAUUAAAUGUUUACAUUAAUUAACUAUAUUUACAAGUCUUGCUUGAUACGAACUGAACACUAGGAAGCAUGUUAGUUUAAUCAACUGAUCACUGUUUGAAUUGACUUGUUUGCUAAAGGAUUAGUUAUAGUGAAUGCGAAUCUAAUCAUUUUAGGAAUCGGUGAACAAUGAAUAAAUGAAUUUGUGUAAGCAAUUGUCUAUGUUUUAAGGUGUAAUUUAUCUAAACCAAAGUACCUGAAGAGAUGUGCUUUCCUGUUAGUUUAUCGAGAGCUGUUAAUUGUUAAUUUGAGAUUUACUAAACCAUCGAAUUUAUUAUUUUCGUGUGACCUAUAACUUAUAAUCAAAUAUAUUAAAUUAAUCCACCGUUCCCUGUGAUCGACACCCGACUUACCUAAGCUAUACUGUAAUCUGACUAGGUACACUGCCUAUAAGUGCAUAGAUAGUCUAAGUUUGUUAGGUUAUAAAUAUUAAAAUUAGUGGGUACUUUUGUGCACAUUAAGUUUUUGGCGCCGUUGCCGGGGAACGGCUUGUCAUUAAUUUAUUUUAUUUGAUUAUUUGUUAUUUGUUUUUAGUUAGUUUUUAUUUUUAGUUUGAUUUUCGAAGAUAUCAUUUCACUUGUCGGGAAGGUUCUUGUUUUUAUUUUGCAGGAAUUUGGGAUUGUACACAUUGCUUGACUUUACUUUUGGCAUGGGUUUCGGGAAUGAAAGCGACUAGGGAAUUCUUGACCUGCUUAGCCUACUACUUUGUUGAUUUGUCCUACUCAAUCCAUGAGGCGUAGUAUAGCAAGGCGUAUUGUGGUGGUUAAGUGGAAGACCGAGCUCUUGCUGUUCUUGACUAGUUAGGUCACUUCUUGUUCCGCUUUUAGUUAAAGGUGCAAGGAAAACAAGGGAAAUAUUCUAACGGGUCCCGAAAGCGGGUAUUUUCGUAACCAAUUCUUGCAUGCAAAGGUUUUUGAUCAACCGUUGUCGUUUGAUCUCGACAAAGAUAAGUGAUUAUGACAUCUCCGUUUUUUUUUAUCACUCAUCGUGAAGUCAUCAUUAGCUGAAGAAAUUAAAAAGAAAAAAAAAAUAAUAAAUAAGUUUUAAGUCCCCUAGAUUAAAUAAUUAAAAAGAAAAGGAAGUUAAAUUAAAGAAAAAGGAAAAUUUAAUUACGCCCCGCGUAUGUUUAUUACGCCAUGCGUAAUAAGAUCCGAAUCGCGGAUGAACAUCUAAGGGUGUUGGGGUUACGCCCCGCGUACCCUUUUGUUACGCCCCGCGUAAAGCGACCAGGUAAAUAUAUCUUGACCCUUUGACUUCGCUGCUAUUUUCUUUUCCCUCUUCUACUCUCGCGCACGAACUGUGACGGCAGCUUCUCUCAAAGAUUCUCGUUUCUUGUUAAAUCCACCACACAAGUAAGUAUUUAGGAUACUCAACAGCUUGGAUUUGUGUUUAAUUCAAAGGAAUAAGCUGCAUUUAGCUUUUGCUUGAAAUCUAGGGUUUAUAUAUAUUUCGAAUUAGGGCCGAUUUUGCAAAUGUAUGUGUUGAAUAGGGCUUGAAUGGACCGAUUGCGUUUAAUACAUUAAACCCUCGAGCUUAAUUUCGUCUUAAUCCCGUCCCACAACCAUCGAUUUGACCUCAGGGACGACGCCAUGCAUAACCUGCUGACUUCGAGUUCUUGGCUGAUUUCGAGUGCUUUGACUACUUUAUGUAGUUUCCCUGAUUAAGUGGUUGUUAAUUUUAAAUAGUUACGAGAUUAUGGGAAUGGAUUUCUAAAGAUGGUCCCGAUUCUAUCUUACAGCCUGUGGACCACGACAUUUUAAAAUUCUGUUGCCCCUGCUGUGUUGAUUUUUAAGUUUGAUUAUGAUUAGGGAACAAGCAAAAAGGAACCAACACAGAUUCAUGCAUCUGGACGUACGCCCAGCGUACGCUGGACGUACGCCCAGCGUACUGCCCUUAUCCAGCUCCAUUUUUUUGGUUUAAAAAUCUAUUAAUGCUGUGAUAUUUGGUUUGGUAUUUUUUUAAUGUGUGCAGAUUAUGGCUCGAAGGACACAAAGAACCAACCCUCCCGAGGAUGUGACCGAUCAUCGCUUUUUACAAUUUCCGCAAACGCUGAACGAUGCUACCCGGGCGCGUUAUGUCACCAACUUGAGCUUGCUUCUCACAAAGGAGAUUGAUAUUGCACCCUCAUUCGACUGGGAGUUGGCUACCAGGACUGGACUUGAUGCAUUGAUCCAGGAAUUUUUGCAAUACACACACUCGGACGCGAGUGGUGUGGAAUUGUUUGUGUGUCAGGGAUGGGCGCGUUUGUUCAGGAUCCAGGAGCCUGUGUAUCGGGAGUUUUUGCUGGAGUUCUACGCUACAGUUUCCUAUGAUCCUAGGAAGUCACUCGAUGACAGGACAGCCUUUGCUUUCAGACUGGGAGGAGUGAGCCGGGAAUGCAGCGUGAUAGAGCUUGCGACUCGGGUGGGUAUUUACACAGCCGACGAGACGAGGAGUGUCCACUUCCCGACAUUCCUUGCUGACUGUCCCACGGAACGGCCAGCGGACUAUAAUGAGAACACUUUUUGGGCCGAGAUUACGAGAGGAGUCUAUACACCAUCUACCGCUCGAGGGGGGAUGAUUCGGUCCACUACAUACCGAAUGUUGCACCGGUUGAUUUCUAUGUCUCUCACGCAUCACAAGAAUAGUGAGAGAGUGCCUUCGACGGACCUGUAUUUCCUAUGGGCACUAGUUACUCCAGGGAGGCACCUGAACCUUCCAGUUGCUUUAGCUGCAUACUUGGGACGGAGGGCCAGGGGACUCAGGGGAGAUAGCCCGAUAUGCGGAGGGCAUUUUAUCACACGGUUAGCUCGAUCAUACCAGUUGAUGACACGUGAGAUCACGAGAUCGAUGGUGUUUCACGACAUGAGGCCGAUGAGUCUUCAGCUACUGGAGUCGAUGCGCGUAUUGGAGCGGGGUGGUGAUGGUGUUUUGAGAGUUCGAGCAGAUGAUGAGGCAGAUGAGGAGGGUGCUGCCGAGCCACAGCCGAGACGGGUCCAGCGGCGUCGACCUGCUCCUCGGGGAGCGCAGCAGGGACCUGAGCGGGAGAUCGAUAUGCGCUACUUAGCUCAGGGCAUUGAUCGUCUUAGCGAGUAUGUUGCACAUGUGGACAUGCAACAGCGGUGGCAAGGGAAUGCAUUGAAUGCAUUCUUUGCCCAUCAGGGGUUUCAGUAUUCGGUUCCCUUUCCACCACCAUUUCAGUCACGAUUUGAUGGGGCCGGUACUUCUGGGACACAGCCACAUGAUGAUGGAGAUGAUGAGUGAUCCUUUUUAUUUUGUUUUAUUUGUUUUGUGUUAUUUUUAGUUUAGUUUAGUUUUUAGUAUUUGGUAUGUAAUUAAACUUUGAUUUAGUUUGGUUUAGUUUGUUUUCCAUGUUGAUGCUCUUUGCUUGUUUAGAUUUCUGCAGAAUUUUCGCCCUUAGGAAGCUGGCAGUAAGUUCAGCAGCUAGGUCCGACUGUUGCUAGAGAGAGCGGUAUGAGAGUUGAAGAUUAUAGUCGAGAACCACGAUUUGUCAUAAGUGUGGGGUGCAUAUUUAUUUCGUGAGUGAUCGUUUUGAAGAUUGGCAUUGUUACGAUGUUUUGACUCUUAUGCUAUGGAUGAGCAGUUCCCAUACCAUAGAGUUUUAUUUCGAUGCGAGGAAGAAGUAUCGUCCCGGCUGCCAUGACAUGGUUGACACUUUCCUAUGUUAUGGGGGAUUUUUCAUCGCGAGUAGAGGAUGUCAUUCUUGACGAGACGACGUGGUCGACACUUUCCCACGUCAUGGUUACUAUGCUUUGCAUUAUUUGCACCACAUUUUUGAAGAUGGCGGUCUUGAUUUUAUUUUUCGGCAAAUUCAGAGGCAGCAAUUCCAGUUUUCAGUCUUUCGACGAUAUUUGAAGCAACUUGUAGCAGCCCCAUUCGAUCUCGCCACAACUACCCAGGGGAGUCUGUUCCUUUUUCUCCUUUUUAUGUUCUUAAU